CCAGCGCUCUCCCUGCUUCUUCCUCUCCGUCACCACCCGCUGGGUUUCCCCCGUCGAGGCCCCGGGGCCCGGCAUGAUGAUCGUGCCGUCGGAGAACGAAGCAGAGAGCCCGGACCGAGCGGCUGAGCCCAUGAGGACGGCUCCGGCCUCGGCGGUGGCCACGGCUGCCUCCCAGACAGGCGACGGCCCCGACCCGGAGGCCUCCGCAGCCUCCCCCGGACGGCACCUGAGCGGGCUGGGCUGGUCCCAGGUGAAGCGGUUGGACGCCCUCCUGAGCGAACCGAUCCCCAUCCACGGGCGCGGCAACUUCCCCACCCUGAGCGUGUCUCCCCGGCAGGUCGUGCAGGUGGUCCGCAGCAGCUUGGAGGAGCGGGGACUCCAUGUGCACAGCGUGAGGCUGCACGGCUCAGCAGCCAGUCACGUGCUGCACCCCGAGAAUGGCCUGGGCUACAAGGACCUCGACCUCGUGUUCCGUGUGGACCUGCACAGCGAGGCGGCCUUCCAGCUGACCAAGGAGGUGGUGCUGGCCUGCCUGCUGGACUUCCUGCCGGCGGGCGUCCGCCGGGCCAAGAUCACGCCCCUGACCCUCAAAGACGCCUACGUGCAGAAGCUGGUGAAGGUGUGCACGGACUCGGACCGCUGGAGCCUCAUCUCCCUGUCCAACAAGAGCGGCAAAAACGUGGAACUCAAGUUUGUGGACUCCGUGAGGCGCCAGUUCGAGUUCAGCGUGGACUCCUUCCAGAUCCUCUUGGACUCGCUGCUGCUCUUCGGCCAGUGUUCGCCCACGCCCAUGUCCGAGGCCUUCCACCCCACCGUGACGGGCGAGAGUCUGUACGGGGACUUCGCCGAGGCGCUCGAGCACCUGCGGCACCGGGUCAUCGCCACGCGCAGCCCGGAGGAGAUCCGCGGCGGGGGCCUGCUCAAGUACUGCCACCUCCUGGUGCGCGGCUUCAGGCCGCAGCCCAGCACCGACGUGUGCGCCCUGCAGCGCUACAUGUGCUCCCGCUUCUUCAUCGACUUCCCCGACCUGGGGGAGCAGCAGCGCACGCUGGAGCGCUAUCUGGAGGCCCACUUCAGCGGGGCCGACUCGGCCCGCCGCUACGCCUGCCUGGUGACGCUGCACCGCGUGGUCAACGAGAGCACCGUGUGCCUGAUGAACCACGAGCGCCGCCAGACGCUGGACCUCAUCGCUACGCUGGCGCUCCAGGCCCUGGCCGAGCAGGGCCCGGCUGCUGCCGCCGCCCUGGCCUGGCGCCCUCCGGACGGGCUAGUGCCCGCCACGGUCAACUACUACGUGACCCCCGUGCAGCCACUGCUGGCGCGGGCCCACUCCUACCCGACCUGGCUGCCCUGUAACUGA